UGUGCAAUACUUUCGAUCGCACAUCUAAAGUUCCUGACAUAAAGAGUUUUACAUUUUCAAAUGACAACAAAUAUUUAAGAUGUAGUUCUGCAUUUAACACUAGAUCAAAAUUCUUAUAUACAUCAGAAGUAUUCAUUGUUUUGUUCACCACGAAAUUCGCAUUAGUCUUCUGUCCUGAAGAGUCUCGUAGUUUUAAAUGCUCGUGUAGAGACGCAUUUAGAAUCCAGGCAUCUUAAAAAGCAGUCAAGGCCACUUGAUGUAUGGGUUUGAUUGCUAGGAUCUUCACUUCAACAUUGAUUGUCCUCCUGGUGGCGGCUUUGAGCUACUCGUUAACGUCUGGCAAAUGGUCUCAGUCCUCAGCCAUUAGUAAGGUCUACAAGACUGUUUAUUUUAUGUCCAUCUGCCAAGGCUCAAAUCCAUGCAAGCUUUAUGCCUUUACCAACGUCUGGCAAACGACGAUGCAGGCCCUGGUCAUCGCCAUGCUGGUCAUACUUCUGAUAAACAUCUUGUUCAACAUUAUCGCCGCAUUCUUUAUUUCCAUGAGAUAUACACGAGUCUUCGCCAUUUUAUAUGGCGUCUCAGGGAUUUUAGGUGUGGUCGUUCUCAUUAUAUUCCCCAUCAAAGUCGAGGUCCCUGGUACCACUUUUGGAUAUCUGCAAACAUGGAUGAGCAAUGGCUACUACACCUUCAUGGGCGCUGUUUUCUUGAUGUUUACCCUCAUUGGUCAGUGCUACUAUAUGAACUAUCAGAGAUAUCCUAAAUUUUUACCAGACCCACCUCCAAGUGAGAUAGAGAUUACGACUAUGACUAGUAACAUCGAUCAACAGCAAACAGAUCUAGAAGAUUUAUAAUCUUUGUUUUACAUCAAGCUACAACUAAGCACGUGAUAUGGCUGUGUAGCCACCUUGGGACCAUGUUUUAUUGUCGCCCUUACAAUCUUUCUGUAAAUCCUCCGCUUGGUUCAAACACAGCAGAGAAUCGUGGAUUUUGCUGACUGUGUUUCAUUUUUCAUUGUUCCGACAUUGCUGUUUGAUUGAAUUGAAUGUAACAAAUUAGUAGUGAUAACAAAAUAUCCAAUUUGCUGGUUGAGCUAAUUUUUUUUUGUGUGUUUUUCCUCAAAUGAAAUCUAUGUUUUGUCUGAUCCUUGAUUUAAGGGUAAACACAGAUUCACCUUCACCUCCACCUAUGGCUUAGUCUGUUGGACCGUUGGGGCAUCACAAAAGAUCUGUUGACCACACUUCUCCAUUCCUCUCUGUCUUUUGUCUUGGACAGAAUGUCCCUCAAUGACAGGCCCGUCCAUUCCUUUAAAUAAGUUGUCUUCCCAUCGCUUAUUUCCUGGACGAAAUUAUUUCUAAGCUCUUAGGACCCUGAAAUAGAAUUUUAGUCUUUUUUUUGGUUUUACAGUAGUGAGCAGAUUAUUGCAUAAUUUAAGAAAAUUAAAAAUUUGGAAACGUGAUUUCACCUACUAAAGUUUGAUGAAUAAACAUUUUUAUUAUGG